UUUGCGCAGAGCUCAGCGUAAUGGCGUCUGCGCGAGACAAGCGCACUAGACUCUCAAAAUGAAGCGACGGAGGGACUAUAUAUGUUAGCAGAGGGCCUUUAGAAGGGUUUGUGGGCGCGGGAUCGCAGUGAGACUUGACGGCGGUGGAGGACUUUGAUCUGCUGAGCGCGAUGAUAAAACUGAAGUCCAGCCAGACGCGCACGUAUGACCGAGACGGCUAUAAACAGCGCGCGGCCUGCCUGUGCUUCCGCAGCGAGCGCGAGGAGGAGGUGCUGCUGGUGAGCAGCAGCAGUCAUCCGGACCGAUGGAUCGUUCCUGGAGGAGGCAUGGAGCCCGAGGAGGAGCCCAGUGCUGCUGCUGUCAGGGAGGUGUGCGAGGAGGCGGGAGUAAAAGGCACAUUAGGAAGAUUGGUAGGCGUUUUUGAGAACCGAGACCGAAAGCAUAGAACGUAUGUCUAUGUUCUCAUCGUAACCGAGGUUCUGGAGGACUGGGAGGAUUCAGUAAAUAUUGGGAGGAAGAGAGAGUGGUUUAAGACAGAAGAUGCCCGGCGUGUGCUGCAGUGUCACAAACCUGUGCAAGCAUCUUACUUCGAAGCCCUUCAGCAGGACUGUAUGACCAGCAACGGCACGUCUCUGGUGGCCACUUACAACAUUAAUCAAAACUCUCUCUCCAGCAUCAGAUAACCACCACAACAAGCACAGAAGCCUCGGCGAAAUUCUCCAGCAUUUUUCUCCUACUGCAACUACUAUCACUUCUUUUUUAUUUCAGCACACUAAUGGCUACAUCAAAUGAAAGCUGAUUGCCUUACCAGCCUUUUUUAGUGUUCAGAUGAAGAUCACAGUCUGGGGUCACAGUGAGAUAAAAGUCGUAGAAUACUUCGCUAAUGACAUUUUAAUGAAUACUUGCAUGAGAUUCUCUUCCUUAUGCCAGGUUACCUGAAUGCAACCUCGCUUUACUAUUGUGUCUUGAAAUAAGUAGUGUUUGUCAUGAUGUUGUGGCCCUUUCAUUCUGCAGUGUUUGCAUUUAGCCUCUAUGGAUAUGCUGUUAAAUAGAGUUGGUUGAAUUUGUUUUUUUUUGUUGCAUGCAUUGCAUAUUCAUAGUUAUUUAAACUGCUAAACAAAAGAGAGAUUGCGUCUUAAAUUGAUCAAAGUAGUUGAAAUGUUAGUCUUAUUGCCAAUAUUACAUACUCGCGUUGGGAAUUUCUCUCAGAUGCAGCUACUGUCAGGUUCGUUUUCAAGAGCAAAUUUGCAAAAUGUUCAGAUGUCGAUGGGGUUUACUGGUUUGGUAGUGCACCACUUUUACCAUUCAAGCUGGUUUUGAUUGUGAUUGAAGGAACGUCUAGUGUGGUGGUUUUUCUGGUUCUGCAAUCCCAGAUGUCCUGGUUUUCAUGUGCACCAUUUAUUUAAAGGUGCAGUCCGUAAGUUUUGCCUCUUUGUUGCCAUCUCUGUUUGAAAACCUGGAAUUGCAGCUGUGUGAGGUAUUAUCUAGCUUGCGUGGAUUGUGCUCCGGCGCAGCCCCAGUGCGGAUGAA